AACAAGAAGACCACUUGCCUUGAUAAACAUACCCCUCCUACCCAAAGCAAUUAAAACCAGAGAUCCAACUACAGAUCAAGGAAGAAAAGAAAAGAAAAAUGGAGUGCGUAUUCGGACUUGUGGGUAAUGAUUUCGUAAUCGUAGUAGCAGACACAUCUGCCGUUAACAGCAUCUUGGUCCAUAAAACCAACGAAGACAAGAUUAUGAAACUCGACUCUCACAAGCUCAUCGCUGCUAGCGGUGAGUCCGGUGACCGAGUUCAAUUCACGGAGUAUAUUCAGAAGAACGUGGCUUUGUAUCAUUUCCGUAAUGGGAUUCCCUUGACCACCGCAGCUGCUGCUAAUUUUACCCGUGGAGAGCUCGCUACUGCUUUGAGAAAGAACCCUUACAUGGUAAACAUCCUACUGGCUGGCUUUGACAGAGAGACAGGCCCCUCUCUAUACUACAUCGACUAUAUUGCUACCCUUCACAAGGUUGACAAGGGAGCAUUUGGUUACGGGUCCUUUUUUUGUCUCUCCAUGAUGGACAGACACUACCACAGUGGUAUGUCAGUGGAAGAGGCAGUUGAAUUGGUUGAUAAAUGCAUAAUGGAGAUUCGAUCCAGGUUGGUUGUGGCGCCACCGAACUUUGUGAUCAAGAUUGUUGACAGGGAUGGAGCAAGAGAGUAUGCCUGGCGUGAAUCUGUCAAGGAUACCCCAACAGCCCAGUCCGAGGGUUUGGCAGUUUAAUUUAUGCAGAUCUUUUUGAUUUUUCUUCUCGGUGUUUAAAUGGAUCUGAUCGCCUAAAACUUUUUUCCAAAUGCUAUUCCGGAACCUUACUUGUGGGGUUAUGUUAGCUGACGUUCCAGAGUUGUAUUGUGGAAUUUUAUUGGACUUCUGAAGCAGGUCUUCUCAAGUCUCUCCUGGCUAGAAAGGCUCUUCAUAACUGAAAUUUCUUAUUCUCA